AUGGCUCCGAAAUCGACGAAGACCGCCGUGCAGUCGGUCGGUAAAAUCUUGAACGAAGCGCAGGUCUCGCUCUCGACGCACAAGAAAUGCGUCAAGCUCAUGCUCGCGCGGCGUCACGCCGACCCGGACAGCUUCCUCCCGGAGAUCUGCAACUGCAUCUUGCCCGUGCUCCUGGAGUACAAGCGCGACCUCUGCGCGGAGCGCGUCGUUCGAUUCGUCGUCACCUUCACCGCCGCGCGCGCGCCCGGGAUGGAGAUGGAGGGCGACGAUUUCUGCGAAGCGUUUCUCGGAUUCCUCCUCAACCUCGCCGCCGCCAAGGACAAAGCCGUCCGAUUCCGCGUGUGCCAGAUCGUCGCCGGCGUCCUCAACGCGCUCGCCGUGGACGCGGAGAUCAGCGACGAACUCUACGAGCGCAUGGAGGACGUCAUGCUCGAGCGUCUGAGGGAUAAGAUGCCCCUCGUCCGCGCGCAAGCCGCCAGGCGCGUUCUAUCUCACGCCGGUCCCCGUACGACCGCGUCGGCGUGGUGA